AUGGGAAGAAAAACCUGGGACUCGAUACCGACCAAGUUCAGACCCUUGCCUAACAGACUCAAUGUUGUAUUGUCUAGAUCGUUUGACAAUAAAGUUAUCGAUGAGAAUAUUUUGCAUGCAAGUUCAGUUGAGGACUCAUUGAAGCUUGUACGAGAAGAAAAUAUUGAACGUGUUUAUGUCAUUGGUGGUGCUGAAAUUUACAACGAGUUUAUCAAGAGUGGAUUAGUUGAUAAUGUCUUGUUGACUGAAAUAGAACAUUCGGAGCAAGAAGAGAUUGCAAUGGAUACGUUUUUGAAAUUUGAUGUGAACCAAUGGACAAAACUGUCGAAAUCGGAAUUGAUUCAAUUCACAGGAGAGGAAGCAAUCGAUGACGACAACCAAGAAAACAAGUUUGUUUACAAUUACACAUUAUGGCAAAAACGGUAG